AUGGCGGACAAAUCUCCAGAUCACGUAGGUUGUUUGUCAAUGUACCGUACAUUAUUCAGAAAAGUUCUACCGUUGAAUUCGAAACAGAAGAAAAAUAGCGUAACCUCCUUUUGCACGGGCCGCCUUCCAUUAGAGCUCGAAUCUAAUAUUCUUGAGAGAAUACCGGUUGAACCCCUUCUUUGUCUCAAUUGCGUUUGUAAGCGUUGGCGUGAUGAAAUCAAAAGCCCCUACUUCAUAAAAUCUCACACUGGCCAAUUUCAAAUUCACAAUGCAAAUUCCACCUCAUUCAUCCUCUUUUCUCGAUCUCACUUAUAUUCCACAAAUUUUCACAAUAAUUCUACCACUUUGAAGCUUAAGAAGCUAGUUAGAAAUUUUAUUCCUUCUUAUUUUACCAUGGUUGGUUCUUGCAAUGGCUUGCUUUGUUUCAAAAGAGUAGAUCUUAACAAUAUAAGGUUAUUGGUAUGUAACCCUAUAACCGGCACCACGUUAAACAACGUCAUAGUACCAAACUGUGGCAAUUACAGUUGGCAUCAUAUGAUUGGGUUUGGUUAUAAUUGCAUGAGCGACGAUUACAAAAUAUUUUAUUCGUUUCCACUAGGAGACGGACAUGUUGUUAGUGAAGGGAUACAACCCGCUAAGUCAUGGGUGUAUAGCUUUAAGAAAAAUUCAUGGAAAAGGAUACAACCUCCUCCACAUAGUUAUAACCUAAGUUUGAGAAUGGUUACAUCGAAUAACGUUUUGUAUUGGAUAGGUGUAAAACCUAAUACAUAUGACAAUUGUAUAUUUGGUUUUGACCUCGAAACUGAAGAGUACCAUGAGAUAAUUAUGCCCGAUUUUUGUCUGUCCCCUUACGAAUUAGUUAAUUUAAGGGGUUGUUUGCAUUUCGUAAACUAUAGGUUGAAUUGUGUGUAUGCAUAUGAGCCUGUGUUUAAGCUUCUUGAAAUACAAGAGUAUACCAUGGAUAUAUGGGUUUUGAAGAAUUAUGGUUCAAAUCGUGAAUGGGUUAAAUUGAUUGAUCGUCUCUCACUCAAACAAGCGAUAGAAACUGAAUUGGAACACAAUCGGAAUCUUGAGAAUCCACAGUCAAGAAGUGUGUAUUCAUACUGCCAUCCAUUACCGUACGCUUAUUCAGAGGAUGAAUCGGAAAUCCUAAUAGGUUUGAGUAAACACAUUAAGGCUUUCGUUUGCUGUGAUUUACAUAAUGGGAAGUUAAAACGGGUCGACAUAAAUGGUGCACUUAAUGAUUGGAAAUAUGGGUAUGAAGGGAUGCCAUGGACUGCUUCCCUUGUUUCCAUCUCAAGCUCCACUUGUUAG